AUGACCUUUAUAACCACGUCCAAGUCCGACGAAGGUCGAGCCGUUGGCGAAUCCAGGUCGGUUCGCUACAGAGAGAUCAGAUUUGUCCGCGGCCCUUCGCGGCACAAGCAGAUGAAAGCCAGAUCUCCGCCUGUCGCCGCGCAAGAUGUGCAGUUGACCGAGUGUGAUGGAGAGGCCAACGCCGAAGCGUGUGACGAUGCUGUCAUGGGUGCACUCGUGUGCACAGUGUCUCCAUUGUCAAAUGUGGCACCUUCUCGUGGCGUACCGUACCUUCAGAUCGAAUCUCCCACGGACACGACUCGAGGUCGACAAGAGGGCGCAAUGGAGAGCCAAAUCACAGUUUCGCCGACUGGCAAACUUGACAGUUCAGCAGCUCGUUCUUACACGUCACCGCACGAGGACAUUCUGCAAGACUCCUUGGACCAAGUGAUCUUCAGCGCAACUACGAGCAAACUACUGGAGUCAGCAGAGCCUCCAACAUCCGAGAAGAACCCCGAGACUCUUCUGAUCUGUCAUUUCCGCUACAUUCUAGCCCCCAUAAUUGAUGGCGGUGACAUCAAGGGACCUUUUGGGAUUCAGGCCAUGCUUUUUGCGAAGCAUCGCCCUGCUGUCCUGGCGGCCUUGAUGGCCGCUUCUGCUUAUCACCGGUCUCUCAUUUCCCCGAAAACCAAAGCCGAAGACCUCGCAAGGAGCGAGAGGUUUCACCACGAGGCUGAGGCCAGUAUCGCCAGUCAGGACAGCGCAGGUCAACUCUUUGCUCGGAUGUUGCUGGCGCUUACACACUUUCUACGGCAAAGCCCAAGCUCAUGGACGAAACAUGUGUCCCAAACAACUGCUGUUUUUAUCGAGUGGACUUCUUUCUCUGCGGACAAGGCAUGUUGGGAACCGUUCGCAUGGUUUCGACUUAGGAUAGAUCUCGCCGCCGCUCUCUGGGACAAGAGAGCCCCGAUCACUGCACUCGAUCAACAUUUACAUCUCCUCAUUGAUUCUUACCCGAACCUUGAAGGUCUUUCUUUACGACAUAGAUAUCACGGGAGCUUGGUACUGCUGUACAGGGUGCUCGCUUUGGUGUAUGGGGGUCUGGCUUAUACACAUCCGAGAUCCACUGUUGAUGCGACCAACUUUGUGGACGAUACGCCAGGCGGGUUCAAGUCCAUUUGGCUUGCCUUGUGGGCCGACUGCCAGGCCUGGUACAACCUCCGUCCUGCAACGAUGCGGCCAGUGCUUUAUAUGUCAACUAUGGACGCUUGUCGACUGGACUCGAUGGCGCUGGGUGCCUUUCCAAUCUACGUGUACACCAACGCCCUCUCUAUCCUGGCGAAUGUCGCAUAUCACAUUUCAACCUUGCUUCUUGUGCUGCACAAGCCCUCGGGCCUGAAGGUGUCGGCAGCGCCCGAAAAAGCACUGACUGAGAAUUGGCACGUCCAAUCUAUCGUCGGUAUGGCAAGACGAAAUGAUUUCCCGGAGCAAUGGGACCCUGUGAUGUGCUCAGGUUUGUUAUUCGUGGCAAGAUGGAUGACACACAAGUCCCAGCAAACGGCACUUCUCUCAUGUCUCGAGAAAUGCUCCACCACCGCUGGCUUUGAGCUUCAACAUGAGAUGCAUAAAAUUCGAGAGCUAUGGAAUACCUCCCACGCCAGCCGCUAA